AGCUCCCGCUGUCAUCACAGCAACCAAUGAGCCAUAUGCAGUGAUCAGACUGACUGCAAUCUGAAUGCACUGUGGCAUGGACUGCUGACCUACUAGACAACUGAUUCUGACAAGCUAUUGUCUGUUGACUUACGUUGUUGGCUUGAUGUGGGCAACAAGCAAGCAAAGGAUGAUAGUAAAAUAGUGGUUUCCAAUUCACGGUUGAGGAGAUGUCCUUGUGAGAUCACCGUUGUGUUUACAGGAGCAACAGUUGGCUGGACGCUGUAUAUGCAGAGCGACGCCUGAAGCUCUGCCCACCUCCUGUAUGCAGACACCUCCCUCCUUCAGGAGCUGAAGCAGAGAGGAGCCGAGCCCUGAGAAAGAGGAAGAGGAAGAGGAGAUGAAGGGGGCGGGAGGGGCAGAGGAGAGUCCUCCCCCUGAGGAGGUGGCAGGAGAGGAGGAGGAUGAGUUCAUCAAGGAGGAGGAGCAGGAGAUGUCUGAGGAGAAGAAGGAGCGUUUAGCAGCGGAGCAGGAUGAGGCGCGUUCGAGAGCAGCUCAGAGGCAGGGGAUGGCCAUUGAAGAGCUCAUCCACACAGAGAGAACCUUCCUGAAGCACCUGCAGCUCUGCAGCCUGAACAUCAGGGUCAACCUGGAGAAGUUACAGCCUCCCCUGCCCAACCUGGAUGGAAUGUUCCAGCACAUCGGCGAGGUGAUGGACGUGUCGGCCCGUCUGCUCAGUCUGCUGGAACAAACCCAGAUGCAUCCCAGCGACCCGGAGUUCCUCCAGUUCCUCUGUGACUCAUUCCUCAGCAUGUCGCGGGACAUAGAGAUGGCUUAUAAGGAGUACCUGGCCAACUACAACAACAUCACAACACUGGAGAACAGCUACAAGCAGAGGGAGGAGCAGUGGGCAGAGAUGGUCAAAGUGGUCAAGUCCUCAGCGCCGGAGAUCAACGCAUCCAACCUGACGUUCUUCCUGGUGAUGCCAGUCCAGCGGAUUGCCCGGUACCCGCUCCUGCUGCAGACCAUCCAGAAGCACACGGACCCCACGCACCCGGCCUACGCCACCCUCACCCAGGCCGCACACACCGCUGUGCAGCUCAACCUGCCAUCAAUCAACGGUAAAGCGAAUUCCGGGAAGUCUGAUAAGUACAAGCGGACCGAGACCCUGACCAUCCGGGACAAAAUCAACCGCCUGAGUGGCCACAGCAUCGCCAAGAAGACGGCACGCCUCAGCCAGUUCCUCAAGCACGAGACGGGCAUGGUGCCACAGGCCAAGGAUGAGGAGUUUGACCAACUGGUAGCAUUCUUCUUCGUUAUUGAGAAAGGUGUUUGUGAGCUGCAUGAGGACCUGGAGGCAUACCUGAGCCACCUACAGAGGUUGCAGAGCUGUCGUCCUGAGGACCAUGACUUGGAGAUGGAGGCGGACAAGGGGGCGCUGUUCUCCCGUGAGAUCGCUGUGGCCCUACGCCAGUGGAUCUACCCUGAGUUUGAGCGGCGCCUGGUGUCGCUGGUCUUCAAGCCUCUCUGCUCCUUACGUGAGCUGCUGGCCGGGCCACGGAACCUGAUCCGCAAGCGCCGGGACAAGCUGCUGGACUACGAGCUGCUGGAGGAGAAGAGCUCGCUGAGCUACGAGGAGCAGGCGGUGGCCAACACCUACCGCACCAUCCACGCCCUGCUGCUGGCCGAGCUGCCCCAGUUCAACGCUCGGUCCACGCAGCUGCUGCAGGCCGCGCUGGGCAACCUCUCCUGCCUGCUCGGGGACCUGGCCACGGACAUGGAGCAGCUCGCCAACAGCUUCACACAGCAGCUCCCUCACAGCUCGAUGGACUCGCGAGAGUUCUGGAAGUGGGCUGAGAGCUCAGUUCUGGAGGCGGGGCAGAGUCUGGAGAAUCUGUGUCAGAGCGUUCAGGACGAGCUCAAUAGUCCCAUUGUACAGCCUCUCAGCAGUCCAGCUCAGAAGCGGCUGAAGGGCCUGAGGGAUCGGCACGGCCCAGAUAAGAUCUACCAGUUAAGCGGUCCGGUGGUGGGCACACGCGACCUUGACCUGACCCUGAACAAGGGUGAGCUGGUUGCCGUGUUGAGCGAGAUGGACACGCGUGGAGACCGCCGUCGCUGGCUAGUGGAUGCCGGAGGUCCCCGUGGUUAUGUGCCCGCCGCCAAGCUGGUGUGUUAUCAGCAGGUUGCCCAGGCAACGCCUCCAUCACCCUACCUGAGCGCCACCCUCCCUGCGCCGGCCAGCCGCAGGCACUCCUACAGCCCAGGGCCCCCCACCCCAGGGUUCUCCAUAGCAACACCCUGCUACCAGGUGUGUGCUGGGUAUGACUUCACUGCGCGUGGCAGUCACGAGGUGUCCCUGCGUGCGGGCGAGCCGGUGCGGGUGCUGCAGCCCCACGACAAGCGUGGCAAUGCCGAGUGGAGCCUGGUGGAGGCGCACGGGAGCAAGGGAUACGUGCCCUCCAACUACCUGGAAGUGCUGCCCGCCAUGGUGGCAUCCCCCUCAUUCCCCUACUGCUAGCCGGGCACGGACACUGGGAUGGACACUUUUUUUACACACACACUCACACACACACACACACACACACACACACACACACACACACACACACACACACACACACACACACAGACAGAUGGACACACAGACAGAUUUUCCCACUACACAAGCACUUCAGUGUAGGGACAGUUUAGGUGUGUUUGUGUGCGUGUGUGUGUGUGUGUGUGUUUUGAGGUACUGACUGAAUAGGGAGUGGAGUGGUGUACUCUGAUUAUAUGCUUGUACUGAGAGAUGCUGCUGGUAGCUACGGCAACUGAAGGCUGUUUUCUUGCAGAGGCUAGAUGGCGGUCACUGUGUCCACACUAAUGCUCACAGUCGCACACUAACACACAGAGACACACACUAACGCUCACAGACACACACUAACACACACAGACACACACUAACAC